GCAUGAAGCCGGCUGGUGCUCUCGUGCUCCUCUGGGCUGCCUCGCUCCUGCUCUCGGGCCGAGAUUGUAAAAUUUGCUCAGCAGUGAGUGAUGAUGUCACCUUGUUCCUGACGGGCACCACUGAAGAAUAUGUCCAAGAAGUGGCACAAUACCGAAAUGAAUCUAUAAUAUUGGAAAAUGCCAAAAGCCUGAAGGAGUGCAUUGAUGGGAAAAUGACAGCGGACGACAAGACGAAUGCUGUCAAUGUGCUGGUUCCUCACCUGAGCACCCUGAGAUCACCUCCCAAAUAAACUGCCUGCCCCCAAGUCCUCGUGUCUGGGUCUCCUCUGAUGGGAACACAAACUGACCCAGUGACCUACGUCCAGCUUCCUGACCAAGAAGGAAAGGCAACCAAGUAGAGUAGAAGACGUUUGGUGAAAGCGGCAAGAGGAAAAGACUGGAAAAGCCUGAGGAGUUUCUUCCAUACUGAGGCCAUGAGGGGCUAGCCCAUCCUACAUUCUUUCAAGAGAGGCACAGAAGACAUAAGAAUAAAUCAGAAGGAUAUCUAACCCAUUUUGGUCUAGGUGCCCAGGAAAAAAAAAUAAAGCAAGGCCUGAGAUUACUGGGGAAGCUCUAGACUAAGAGAGACCCUGAAAGGAGCCCAGGAGGAAUAAGGCAAAAUGGGCUGCAGGCUGAUCAUUAAAGUCCAAGGAGACUGUGUACUACUGUCCAGUGUGGUGCACAGUGUGCUCACUGCAUCGGCCCAGG